AUGUUUGGGGACCCUCAACCCAUGGCACUUUCUGCCCGCUUGUAUCGAGACCUUGCUGAGCUCCAUGAAUCGACAUAUCCCGGCGUAGACGUCUUCUUCGAUGACGCCAACAUCCACAAAUUCUGUCUCGUUCUUACGCCUCCCAGUGGCCCAUGGAAGAACAUGUCUUUCCAUUUCAGCGUCGAGCUAUUAGCGGACUGGCCUGCCAGUCCGCCCCAGGUUUCAUGCAGUGUCUCUGGGAUUAACCAUCCGAAUCUUUUCGAUAGUUAUAUCUGCUGCGACCUCCUCAAGCGGGAGUGGGAAAUUAACCGCCAUGACGGAUAUACGGGAGGGUACAGCCCAGCGUUGACGCUGCGCGGCCUAUUCCUCCAAUUUUUAACCUUCUUCAGCUCGACCACCGUCGAGCAAGACUAUGGCGGUCCCCCAAGGUACAUCGGCAAUUAUUCGUGCGUCUGGUUCGCGCGAGAAUCUCAUCUUCGAGGCGGUCAACUUCCUGUUCGCGGCAACACUCAUGUUCCUGGUAGCCUCUUCUCAGCCGCGACGCAAGGUCCGCUGAAGGAGGAGUGGGAAAAGGACAAGCGCCCUAUAAUAAUCCUUCAAAGUGAGCUGACAGAGGUCGGCCCACUCUCCCAAACCACCAAGUCUCCCCGCGCCGGCAAAGACAGGUUAAUACGUUUUGAAGAGAAAGAUCCAAACUGGACGCGAACUCUCAAACGGAUCAGCCAGUGGACUUGCCCAUGCUGCCCAUAUGGUUCCUCUGCGUUUCCCCAUUCUGUGCCAAUCGCUUCCUCUCCGGCCAAUUCUCCAAAACCUGCACGUUCACCGCUUAUGGUACCACCCUCUGUCUGCCAACUCGACAAAGUUGACGACGAUGCGCUGUACACGAUCGCCUGCAGUCUCCCAUCUGAAACAGUGAUUAACUUCUCUGUUGCUUAUCCUCGCCUGGACGCAAUCGUUCGGUCAACGCAUAUACUUCUCCAACGAGAGCUUCGUUGUUUCUUCCUCCGCACCCCACUGAUCGACUCGGUUCUUGGUAUCGGCAUCUCACUUGACCCACGCUCUCGGGCCCUUGCUUCGGACUUCGACUGGCUCAGCCGUCGUGCAUUUUCCGAGUUCGGCGUUCGGUUAAGCGUCGAGAAACGUGCUUUCGAUUUCUUUCUCCCCCUCGCCUUUUCGCCUCAACAUUUCCAGCGUGUGUAUCCGCACAUCUGGUCCAGUUUGGAACAUAUCGACAAAGAAGUGAGAAAGGCCGAACAGAAAAUGAGCAAAAACCCGCGACACCGUGCCGGUGGGCUUCCACGUCGGCAGGAUACGAUUUCCGCCGUCUAUCGGCUGAUGAACAAUAUUGUCGUCUCUCUCAUGCGCAAUUGCGACGACGCCUUGGACACCAAAAAGGCAGGCAAGUCGCUUCUCCAUGCGUCAGAAAAGGCGGUCAUCGCAUACUGUCAUCUCUUCCAUCUGCUCAUCAGCCUUUCUCGCACGGACCCAGUGAUUCUGCGUGACGCUACAGAACGGCUGCGAGGGUUCAUUCAGCGGAAGGACCUCAGAGUGAAGACCCGCUUCCCCGAUCUCGGCGAACUCAUCAUCCUCAUUAUGCUCGUCAUCUGCUGUCCACCCCAAAACUCGAAUGCCCCAAUCAAAUGGGCUGACCUGGCAGGACCCUUCCUUGAAGAGGCAAUCACAAGGAAUGUGCGGUGGAUUCUGAAGGACGCGCCGGAGCUGGAGGUUCUGGAAGAAGGCGCCAGUGACUAUCGGCUUAAGGAAACCUUCACCCGUUCAAAGACCAGUCUAAGGCUGAUCAUGUUCCAAAUCACCUUCCUCGACUUGUUUUUCCGUGCUUAUGCUUCCAAUCUGCGGCGUCUGGACGAUAACUACGGGUUCCCUGACAAGAAACUGCCAGAGACGAUGGUCGAGGAAAUCAAGGCAAUCUACGCAAUCGAUACCUGGCCGGCAUUCUUCACCAGGGUAAAAUUUGCCAAGGGUAUUGCGUUUGGACGCGCUCGCUUCUCAGAGAUGUUACGGGAUGCGGUGGUUUUGAGUGGCGAAAGGCGAUACCAUACGCCAGCUCCCCACUUCCAGAUGAUUCAGCUUCGGAAACGAAGACAGUUGGUGGAGGAAGCUAACAAAUCAAAAAGUAUUAUGUAA